AGAAAGCAUCAUUUUAUUUUACUGUAUUUUUUUUAUUCAACAUUCUGUUUGCUGUAUCUUGCUCUGGAUAAGCCCAACUGCUACUCACCAGGGUAUAAAUGUGAUAAAACCCUUGGCUGUUCUUCACAGGAGUGGCUGGAGAGAACUCCCGGCUUGGAGGCGGAUGGAUUCAAUUUCUGGGAAAGGCUGGAAAUCAAUAUAUUUGAUGGUCUGAAUCAGGAGAAGGAGAAAAUCGAGAAAAUGGCAGAUUCUGAGGAGAAGGAGGAAAUGAUGGCUGAGCUGGUUAAACAGAAAGAGCUGUUCACUUCUCUGUUUGAUGAAAAGCGUCAUGCCCAUCUCCUCAGCAAAGGUGAGAGGCGGAUCUCUUACAAGGCUCUCCAAGGUGCCCUGAUGAUCUACUUCUACAGGGAGGAGCCGAGGUUCCAGGUUCCUUUCCAGCUGCUCACAUCCCUCAUGGAUAUCGACACCCUCAUGACAAAAUGGCGAUACAAUCACGUAUGCAUGGUGCAUCGUAUGAUUGGCAGCAAAACCGGCACAGGGGGCUCAUCUGGCUACCACUACCUGAGAUCUACUGUCAGUGACCGCUACAAAGUGUUUGUGGAUCUGUUCAAUCUGGCAACGUUCCUGGUGCCUCGCCACUGGGUCCCUAAGCUAAAUCAAAACGUUCACAAGUUGCUCUACAUGGCCGAAUGUUGCGACAGCUCCUACUGCAGCAGCGAGGACUCGGACUAAGGGGGCCAGCACUCCAAAUUAAGGUUGUCCCGUUUUCCCAGGACAAAACAAAUAGAACCUGGACACAAAGAUACAGUGUUGGGAUCAUUCUGGGACAGAGAAAUUUAUCAUUAAAAUGAAAUUAUUACGUUAAAUGCUUCAUGGAAUAUAUAUCAUAUCAUAUGAUUUAGAUGUUCACAUAUGAAAAAUGUGAGGUGGCACCGCCCGGGCACAAGCUCCACGCUAUGUCACACACACAUGCUUACACACACAAAAUGAAUCAUAGGCUUUACAGUUGAGACCCAGUGCUGCCACCAGCACCGCUGUGAACCCCGGAGCGAGACAUAAUAAUAGAAAUUUAAAUUAUGUGAUUCAAAUUCAGUUUUUUUAAUGCAAUUAAGUCAAUGAAGUGAUGCGAGUUAACUUGCAUUGUUUAUAAUAAAACUAUAUUUAUUAUGUAGAAUGAAGCUGUUUUAGUGACAGGUGCGUAGGGUGAAUAAUUAGCCAUCAAAACAUGCAAAGAGAAGACACACAAUGUUUCCGAGAUAAUUUUUUAUCUCACAGGUUCAUACGCCAGAAAGUUGUGACGCAAAGUCUGACCCUGAAUAAUUCAAAUGGCCAAUUUUGACUCUUUUUACUCUAAUCUUGACCAGUGACGAAGUAUAGCAGAUGGCUCCUUGAUAAAAAUUUACUUAGAUGUUUUCUCAAUACAAUUAUGUUAAUUUACUGUGACUGACCUGAAAGCAAACAGAUCAGUGAGAGCAGUGAUCAAACCGGUGGCUCUGAUGGCUUUUAACAAACGCAUUAUCUUUCAUGUCAGCAUGGGGGAAGGUGUCAGAGAGGGAGCCGUUUCAGACUAGUGACAAUAGUGUACAUACAGUCAUAAUAAUCCUCUCUGUGUAACAAUCAAUGUCAACAUCUAAAAUAGAACAAUGUGCGCAGCAUACAUGUAAAACAUGAAGCCUAGAAUUUGUACAUAAUGUUAAUAAUGUGUAUUGUAUAGUAAGCUAUAUGGAGUUAAUUUUGUUGUGUAUUUAUGCAGUAAUUGAUCUCUCUGUAUAGAUAAAUGUAUGAGCUAUAUCACCCAAAAUAUGUAUCUACCUUAUGUAUGUAAUAAGACACUUUUUAUUUUGUACAGUGCAUUUAUUAUUGUUAAUAUUAUUGUAGUUGUGUGUGUUGAUUGCUCAGGUAUGAUCCAACAUUUAUCAGCAUAUUAAGUGUUGUAUUUUGUUUUUUUGUAAUGUAACAUGGUGACAUUUCAAUAAAAACAUUAUUUAAAGUGA